AUGGACAUGGACAUGGACAUUAUGGACAUUGAGACUUGGACAAGUUCAUCCGGAAAUGCCGCCAUUAGUCUUGUCCUAGCUUUCAAUCGGGGCCGGCAAGACUUGACGACCUUUAUGCAUUUCAGGACUUGUGCAACCUGUGGCAGUUUGGGAUUACGCGAGAGUGAUGGCUACAGCGGAGCCAUGGAUUGGGAAGGAGGAUCAAUAGUGGAGUUGUGA